AUGGCCUCACAAGAUAACUUCGAUAAGAAGAUGCCUCUCCGCCCCGACUUCAAAACAAUGCAAAAGAUGAUGGCCGAGAUGAGGGCCUUGAAGACCUCCUCCUCCUCCUACAAGAAGCAAAUGGAGGACUUAGUGGAUGCCAGCAAAAGGUUCCCGCCUUCGACGAAGGAGGAGGUGCCUGAGGAUCCAGAGGCGAAUCUGCUUCAGAAGGAAAAAAAACCUGCUAGAACGCCCGCGCCAUCAGAAGCUCCCCCUGCCUCGGCCAAGGCGCCAGUUGCUACUGUCCAUCUCGCCCAGGUGCCGAGGCAGCCUAAGAAGAAAAUGGCCCGUCCCUCAAAGGAGGUGGACUUCUUGGGCACGAACUCCGAGGAGUCGGUUAGAGAAGUACUGGAGGCUCUUCCCCCAGAAACGACUGUAGUGGCGGUGGUCCACAAUAAGUAUUGGACUGAAGAAUGGAGGGACCACACCUCUUGUUACACAGUCGAGGACUUGGCGGCGGCCAAUAGUGCCCGUGUAGCCCGGGCUCUGAGCACCAGCAUCCAGCUCGAGGGCUUGGUGAAGGACCUCAACUCCAAGAGGGAGGACCUCGCUAAGUGCCUCAAGGAGGCGAUGCAAUAUGGGGACAAGGUGAGGGAGGCCCGGGCCAAGGCUGCGGAGGAAGAGAAAAAGAGGACGGAGGCUGAGGCCCAGCUGGCGAUUGCUGUAGGAGACAUAGAGCGGCUGAAGAAGGAGCUCUAUGAAGUGGAGCGCCAGGUGGCUGCCAUGACUCGAAGAAUGGAUCACGCCAACGAGCACCAUCAGCUCGUCAUGGAAGCUCUGGAGGCCUCCAAUAAAGAGAAAGCUGAGUUGAGGCAGAGGACGGAGGCCCAGUCUGAGGAAAUUGCCUCUUUGAAUGAGGAACUGAAGUCGGCAGGGGAAGUGACUGUUCAAAAUUUCAUUGACCACUUUGAGGUACAUCCCAUGUACGAUGACUUUGCAAAUUUUUGGGCCUCCUGGAGUGCCCAAGGCAUAUUGGGUCGGCUGAAAGAGGUCCACCCUACUUUGGACAUCUCCUCUUUGGAGGCAGAGUUUGGGGGACCCAUUUGA